AUGAUACCACGCUUGCGAUAUCUAAUUCAAGAUUCUAUCAAAAUCGUGCAUAGAAACAAGACAGAUUCAGUCUAUUUAUCUACAUUCGUAUCUAAAUCAGCUGGUCAAGAAACUGAGCAACGGACAGAUCGCGCAUCGUUGUUGGGAGCAAAUCGAAAAUGGCGGCAUGUGAAUUGUUGCAGCCAAACUAGGAUGGCCCACACCGAUAUCAAAGUACCGGACUUUACCGAGUACAGGCGAGAUGAGGUCAAGAAGCCCAAUGUCAAAGCUUCCGAUUCUGACAGCAGGCGCAAGAUGACGUCGUACUUGACAGUAGGCGCCGGUUCUGUGGUUGCCGUCUAUGCCGCCAAGUUCCUUGUUCGCUUGGCAGUGAACAACUUGAGUCCUGCAGCCGAUGUCGUCGCUAUGUCAAAGGUCGAGAUCAAACUUGGGGAGAUAGCGGAAGGUCGCAAUGUGAAGGUCAAGUGGCGAGGCAAGCCACUGUUUGUGCGCCAUAGAACCGACGAGGACAUUGAGCGAGAGGCCGCAGUUGACUUGUCCACUCUGAGAGAUCCACAGACAGACGCUGAUAGAGCUCAGAACCCCAAGUUUCUCAUUGUGAUUGGAGUUUGUACACAUCUAGGCUGCAUCCCAAUUGCAGACGCCGGAGAUUACGAAGGCGGCUACUACUGUCCGUGCCACGGAUCUCACUAUGACGGAUCCGGAAGGAUCAGAAAGGGACCGGCCCCUCUAAAUCUAGAAGUACCUCCAUAUGAAUACAUUGAUGACACCACUGUUGUUGUGGGUUGA